AAGGUAUAUUUUGUAGCGAAAUUGGCUCGGUGGUAAUCUGACAAGAAAUACACGACACUCAAGCUCUUAUGCAAAUCAUAAGUAAUUUUCGAGGCCUUGUUAAAAGGCGAUAUGGGAGAUAAACAGAAUAUGAUUGUUCGAUUAAUGUCUAUGGAACGUUUCCUGUCGUUCCCCUGAGUUUUGGAGGAUUGUAUCGGAAAGUCAGAGUGUAUUUUAGUUUAGAAAGGACUCGUUCAACGGUUCAACGUUCAGAAUGUGCUUUUUUGGAGUCUGCGUAUGUAUAUCAUUUAACGACGUAAUUUUAAUGAGAAGACCGCACUAAUGAGCAUUCCCGAUAAAAGGAAGUCGCGUUCCACAACGAUAUUCGAAGGGGAAAAUGAGACUUCACAAGAGCAUAAUUCUCGAUCCGUGACGAAAUUGCCAACCGGAAUACUUGGAGUACCUUUGGUAGAUCACGAUUUGCCCGGAGAUGAGACGUUCGUUGUUAUUGCAAGAAGAUUUGGCAAACAGAUUGUUUAUCGAUUCAACAAACAGAAAAGUCUUUGCUUAUUUUCCCCACGAAGUUCGCUAAGACAGUUCGUCAUUUUCCUCACGACGAAUCAAUAUUUCGAGUUGUUCAUCUUGGUGUUGAUCAUUAUCAACUGCAUUUUGUUGGCUUUCAAAGACCAACCUGAGGAAGUCGAGUACGUGUUCGCAGCGCUGUACACGAUGGAAAUGAUUUUGAAGAUCAUUGGAAAAGGAUUUUGUCUUCAUAAAUUUGCCUAUCUUCGUGAUCCGUGGAACUGGUUGGAUUUUAUCGUUGUUAUUUUAGGAUAUCUUACUAUGGCACCCAGUGUAGCUAAUCUCUCGGGCAUAAGGACAUUUCGUGUGCUGAGGGCUCUAAGAACGAUAUCUGUCAUUGAAGGGUUGCGAACAAUGGUGAAUGCUUUCCUAAGAUCAAUGCGAAUGUUGACGGACGUUCUUGGGUUGUCCUUGUUUUUUAUUUCCAUAUUCGCUCUGGUUGGCAUGCAAUUGUUUGUGGGAGUUCUGAGGAACAAAUGCGUUUUGAAUCCUGGAGUCAAUGUUUCGGAUUUCGAUGCAUUCGUCGCUAAUGAGAGUAAUUGGUUGUUCGUCGACGAUGAUCCAGUGGUCUGUGGCAAUGGUUCAACAGCAAGGUCGUGUCCAGCAAACUACACGUGUUUCUCUGAUAUUGGAGACAAUCCUAACCAUGGCUACACGAGCUUCGAUACGUUUCCCUGGGCGCUGUUAUGCACUGUGCAGCUGGUGACCGCUGAUUACUGGGAAAAUGUCUACGAAUACAUAAUCGCAUCAACUGGUUUCUGGUCAGUGUUUUAUUUUCUCUUGGUUAUAUUCUUUGGUUCAUUCUACAUCCUCAAUCUCAUCCUGGCUGUCGUGGCAUUAUCAUAUCAGCAGGAAAUGGCUAAUUUGAAAAAUAAGGAAGCUGACUUUCACAAAUUGAAAACGACAUCAUCUUCUUACUCACUCCACGAAUCUUUUAAAGCUCAAAAGUUGUUCCCAACGAAACCUUUAAACUUGUCUUCCAUUCGUCGUCGCUCAACCAAAACCUCACCUUAUGUUGGUGUCUCGGCCGCUUCCCCUGGGCCGUAUCACCCCUCAUCACCGGAUGACGGAAACAUAGCGGAGCUAAGUCCCCUAACCUUAGACAAAGUGACACCUUAUGCUUUUGAUAACGAGAGCGUGGCGUCGUUCUAUAACUACGAGCCUAGCGUGAUGGAGGAAAUUAGAAACGGUUCAAAGCAUAAUUUAGACAAGGAUAAGGACUUCAGGGAAAACGAAGGGAUUUGUUAUGAUAAAAAAAUCGAUGGAAGUGACCCAAAUGGAAAGGAAAAGAUGGAAGAAAUUUCCAUCAGCGUUGAGAAGCAAAACAUUGAAAGAAUUCUUGAGAAACCUCAUUUUGACGAGCCAAGAAGCCUUGAUACGAGACAAAAAGGGAAAAAACGUAACGCCAAUGAUACAGGGGUGCAAAUCCAUGCGAAGAAAUGUGUUAAAAGUCCUUAUACGAAAAUAACGGCCAAAGGUAAUUUAAACUCUCCAAACAGAAGCGAAAACAAUGCAACGAAUAACUUAAAGGAAAAGUCAUCACAGCGCAAUGAAAACAUGAGCACAGUAACGGAAAAUCCCAUCACGUAUUUAACUGAAAAGACCAAAUUAAGUGAGACUGCUUCAAAAUCAAAUGAAAACGACAGAAAUGAGGUAUAUUCCAGAUCUAUUGAAUCGCCUCUUCAGUCGAAAGUCACCGGGGAGAGCCGUACCCGCCAAUCUGUGGACCAUUCUGAGCACUUUGAGUUAGAUCGCAUUGGGGAUAAACAUUCCGGUCUAAAUGGUACCAACAGCAAUUCACAGUUUGAAAAGAACUCAGAAUAUGUAUUAAACAAGCAAUCUGAUCACGAGGAUACCAACGGGAUUCCUCGAGAAAGAUCAGACAUGAUGAUCGAUAUUCCGAAGAGUGUCUCAAAACGCACGUCUUGUGCAACGACCUUGGCUUGGGAGGGAUCGCCGCGUCUUAAGUCGAUCGAUAGAGGCCUGAUGAUAGCGCAGGAGACCGGUUUGAUGAUCGUUCAAACCUCUUCAUUGUGCGUGGUGAUCCCACGGGAGACUGGACAAGACCACCGUUUAUUUAAUGCUAUUCGUCGGAAAUGCGCGAGUUUCAUCGUUCAUCCGAUGUUUGAUUGGUUUAUCACCAGUGUCAUAUUUCUAAACACUAUCGCCUUGGCCGUAGAACAUCAUGGGAUGAAUCGCAAAUUUGAGAAAGCAUUGGAUAACAUUAAUCUCACGUGUACUUUUGUGUUCAUUCUGGAAAUGUUUCUCAAAGUUACAGCGCUCUCAUUACAAGGCUACAUUCAAAGUCGUUGGAACAUACUGGACGGUUUGAUCAUUGUGAUAAGCGUGGUGGAGCUGUUGAUAGUGUGGUGUGUGCCUGAUAUCACCCAUGGCCUGGGCUUCAGUGUACUCAGGACUUUUCGAUUGGUGCGUAUACUAAAGCUGGCACAAUCCUGGGUAACGAUGCGAGCUCUUCUGUCCACAAUCGGCGCAAGCAUUGGACAGCUUGGUAACCUCACCUUGCUGCUCGCAAUCGUGACGUACACAUUCGCUGUCAUCGGCAUGCAGCUGUUCUCUGGAAGCUUCACCCCGGAACAUUUCGAAGACAGGAAAGUGCCGAGAUGGAAUUUUGGAGAUUUCCUGCAUUCGUUUAUGAUCAUUUUCCGCGUCCUCUGCGGGGAAUGGAUCGAGCCGUUGGUUAUGACCAUGCACGUGACCACGCCGACUUCGGUAGUAUUUUACUUCGCCGUCUUGAUAAUUGGAAACUUUUUGAUUUUAAAUCUUUUUCUUGCCCUUUUGCUAAACUCCUUUUCAACGGAAUCAUUGAACAGUGGGAAGCGCACGAGAGGAUCAGCGAAUAUUCGAGAACGAUUUCGUACCCUUAUGAAGAAGUAUCUGAACGUGAUGCGCGCGUUUCGUGCGCCGCGCGUGUCUGCCGAGCACGAAACGAAAAGCGAGCGACAUACGGAAAACGAAGGUGGUUUGCGUUCCGAUGCCGUCCGAGAAUGUGAAUGUGAAAUCGCGAGAAGUGGAGUAGAGAUCGAUGAUAAUCACCACAUCCCUAAAAAGUUCUCUGUCUCGUCGAGAUCGGAAGUCGUCGAUGAAACAUGUUCGCGGACGCAGUCACGUGACACAUGGAUGACGUCAUCAGAGCAUUCCCCGAAGCCGUUUGUUCCAGAUUGUUUUCCGAAGUUUUGUUGCAUGUGUUUUGGUGAAGAGAAGGCACGUCGUUCAUUGGCGUUUAAGGCGUUCGUAUUAUCCCGAGGAAAAGUUCUCAGCGUUGUCAAACACAAAUAUUUUGAUGCCUUUAUUCUGUUUGUCAUAUUAAUCAGCAGCAUGUCAUUGGCGCUUGAAGAUAUCCACUUGGACUCCAAACCAGAUCUGAAAGCCUUCCUAAAGAUGUUCAACCUUGUUGUGGCCGUUAUUUUCGUCUUGGAAUUCCUGCUGAAGUUGUUUGCCUUUGGUUUCGUUCACUACUUCCGUGAUGCUUGGAAUUGUCUUGAUUUUUUUAUUGUCGUGGUGUCUAUCGUGAGUCUUGUUGGCAGCGCUGGUGAUGGGAACCUGACCGCGUUCCGUUCUUUACGAACUUUGCGAGCCUUGCGACCAUUAAGGGCAAUCCCUCGUUGGAAAGGCAUGAAGGUUGUGGUGAACUCACUUUUAUCCGCUAUUCCUGAAAUUGGCAAUGUCUCCUUGGUGUGUUCAAUAUUCUGGCUUAUAUUUAGCGUGAUGGGCGUUCAGUUCUUCGGGGGAAAGUUUUACAAAUGUCUCGACGAGGAUGGGGAUAUCUUGCCGCAUACGACAGUACCAGACAAAAACAGUUGCCUCGCAAUGAACUACACUUGGAAGAAUUCCGAUAUUAAUUUUGACAAUUCGAUCGCGGGCUUUCUGGCACUUUUCCAAGUGGCAACAUUCGAGGGUUGGAUCGAAGUAAUGGCUGACGCAGCCGACGUGACAGAGGUUGAUCAGCAGCCGGAAAGAGACAAGAAUCACAUCGCCCACCUCUACUUUGUCGUUUUCGUUUUGUUCGGAUCGUUUUUCGUGCUCAAUCUCUUCGUUGGCGUGAUCAUCGAUAAUUUUAAUCGCCUCAAGAAGGAAUACGAAAGUGGAGCUGUUGGUUUGUUUCUCACGGAGACGCAGAGAGCGUGGUACGACACGUUGAAGAAAGCUGCUCGGAAGAAGCCCCGAAAAGUCACGAAAAGACCAAAGGGAAAAUGGCGAGCGUAUUUAUUUGAUAUUGCCAGCAGUUCGAGAUUUGAGAUGACCAUCAUGGUGUUGAUCAUAUUCAACAUGGUGAUUAUGAUGGUGAGACAUCACAGACAAAGUGAGCCUGUUACCAAGAUACUCUUUUACAGCAAUGUGAUAUUCACGGCCAUAUUCUGCUUGGAAGCUUUCUUUCGACUUCUUGUUCAACAUUUAGACUAUUUCAAAGAACCCUGGAACGUAUUUGAUUUUAUUGUGGUUUUGCUGUCGAUUGCCGGUCUUGUUAUGGAGCAUCUGAAUCAUUCCUUCAUCAUCACGCCAAGUAUAUUCCGCGUGGUUCGUGUAUUUCGCGUGGGGCGCUUGUUACGUUUCUACAAAAACGCGCGUGGAAUUCGCCGUCUGUUAUUCGCCUUGCUUAUUUCGUUACCAGCCCUCGUGAAUAUCGGCGCACUGCUAUUUCUUUUGCUUUUUAUCUACGCCAUCAUCGGCAUGUCCUCGUUUGCUUACGUGAAACACUCGGGUGCAAUAAACGAUAUGGUAAACUUCGAGACGUUUCGUAACUCUAUGCUGUUGUUAUUUCGGCUUUCGACUUCUGCUGGAUGGAAUGAUGUGUUAGCUCCGCUGAUGGUUCAACCGCCCGAAUGUGAUCCGACACACGACGACCUCCCGAAUGGUAACUGUGGCAAUCCGUAUUUCGCAAUAUUCUAUUUUGUCACUUUUGUUCUGAGUACAUCUUUAAUCAUCAUCAAUAUGUAUAUCGCGGUCAUUAUGGAGAACUUACAUGAAGCCUUCAAGGCUGAAGCCACUGGCAUAACGAACGAUCAUCUGGAUAUGUUUUAUCACAAGUGGGAACAUUAUGAUCCACAAGCAACCCAAUAUAUCCCUCAUGGCCAACUGUCUGAUUUCGUGGACUCGCUGGAGGAGCCAAUAAGGUUACCGAAGCCGAAUAAAUUUGCGUGUAUAAAUUUGCACAUACCUAUACAACAGGGGGACCGUAUUCAUUGCGUGGACGUGCUACAGGCGUUGGUUCGUCAACUACUAGGUGACAUUCAGCGUGAAAACCCAGAUGCUUUUAAAUUGAUGCAGCGGAAGUUAGAGGAAGCAUUCCUCGUGGCGUUUCCAAACAGAGCAAAGCAACGUCGUGAAACAACAACAUUCGUACGGAAUAGGGAAAUCUAUGCCGCGGUUGUUAUUCAAAAAGCUUGGCGGAGAAAAGUCGUGAAAAAACGAACAUCGCAGCAAGUCAUUUAUGAUGCUAUUCAAUCCGGCAAGUAAUGUAUUGUUUCCGAAUGAACUUUCCGAGUUAAAGAUGAUUGUGGUGGUUGUUAGUGGCCAUUGUUGUAAGCUAUUUUGUAGUGAUUUAAUUACUUAGAGGGUUGUUUGUAAUUGUAUAAUAUAUUAACCUCUUGUUUGUUUCCUAAUAUUACGUAACAGUUACUCUAGAUCUGGUAGAGAUUUUAGAUGGCUUUUCCCUCGGGUUAGUUAUUCCUUAGUAAUUAGCAGAUAUGCAACAUGCACGUACGC